AAUCGUUCGUUCGCAAACGUUGUCUCAAAUGCAAGCAAUUAGGGCUUCUGUAGUUUUGCAGGAGCGUUCAAAGUCCUGCACCUUUCAGCCCUGCUCGUGGACAGCUUUUGAUUUUUUUUCCUUGUAGAACUGCGGUGGUUUGUAGGGCGAAAGAGUGACAAUCUGACAGGCUGCUGAAGGUGUUUAUUGCGGGCGCAAACUCAUCGGUAACAGGUUGCAAUUACAGAAGGACAAAGAAGAAGAGGAAGCAGGAGGUGGGAGUGGAGGUGGUUAGAGAUAGAGACUGUGUAGAUUGUGAAGGAGGGGAUUUGGUUGAAAUAUCCAUGCGUGUCGAGAGUGUGCGAUGAAGAUGAAGAGGUUGUGUGUUUAUCCGUAGGGCCAGUGAUAGUGGCAGUGAAGAGAGCAGGCGUGUAAGUGAUUGGGAAAGAACGGAGUGGGAAAGGGCAAGAGCGCGGGAAGAGAUGGAGGCAUCGACGUCCUCUGCGAUGAUAGCGCGCCAGACAUGGGAGAUAGAGAAUAAUAUCGUUGCCACGGAUUCGCCCGCAGCUACUUCAGAUUCCGAUGCCAUCUUUGAGUACGACGAAGCGGCUCAGAGCAGCAUUCAGCAGCAGAAGCCUUGGACUCGCGAUCCCCACUACUUCAAAAAUGUCAAGAUAUCUGCCCUCGCACUGCUCAAGAUGGUGGUUCAUGCACGAUCUGGUGGCACGAUUGAAGUCAUGGGCUUGAUGCAGGGAAAGACGGACGGGGAUACCAUUAUAAUCAUGGAUGCGUUUGCUUUGCCAGUAGAGGGCACAGAGACUCGGGUGAAUGCUCAAGCGGAUGCGUAUGAGUACAUGGUCCAGUACUCUCAAACGAAUAAGCAGGUGGGGAGACUAGAAAAUGUGGUAGGCUGGUAUCACUCGCAUCCUGGCUACGGUUGUUGGCUUUCGGGUAUUGAUGUGUCCACUCAGAUGCUGAAUCAGACUUACCAGGAACCCUUCUUAGCCGUGGUUAUUGACCCAACGCGCACUGUGUCCGCUGGAAAAGUUGAGAUUGGAGCAUUCCGCACCUAUCCUCAGGGUUACAAGCCGCCAGAUGAGCCCCCAUCUGAGUAUCAAACAAUUCCUUUAAAUAAAAUUGAGGACUUUGGUGUCCAUUAUAAACAGUAUUAUUCUCUUGAUAUAACCUAUUUCAAGUCAUCAUUGGAUUCGCACCUGCUGGAUCUCCUCUGGAACAAAUACUGGGUCAACACUCUUUCAUCAUCACCUUUGCUUGGCAAUCGGGACUAUGUCGCAGGGCAAGUGGCUGAUCUUGCGGAGAAGCUGGAGCAAGCAGAGAGCCAGCUAGCUCAUUCUGGGCGCAUGGGAGGAUUCUUCAUGCCAGUACAAAAGAAGAAGGAGGAAGAGUCCCAGCUUGCAAAAAUCUCUCGCGACAGUUCCAAGAUAACCGUGGAGCAGCUGCAUGGGCUAAUGUCACAGGUCAUUAAGGAUACUUUGUUCAACUCAGUGAUGUCAAGUAGCAACGCGCCUGUGGCAAUGUCAGCUGAAACAUCUAUUGUAGCCACAGAUUCCUCUGGACCAGAACCUAUGGUGGAGGCAUAGUUCUGUGAACGAGUGUGUAUUAGGGUUGUUAUUCCAUCUCAGGACAGGCUUCGUCUGAACUUUAGCCAUGGCAAUGAAGAAUUGCCACAUAAAUGAUGUCUCCGCACCAUUGAUGUUGACUUUGGCAUUACGAAGAAAGAGGCAUUAUGAUGUAUCUGUCUUGAACGUGGAACGCUAACCAUUACUUUACAGUCGAA